AUGGAUCAAGAUGUUCAUCUUAGUUUUGAAGGUAAUUGGGAAGCGCCAUUGUCAUUUAGAGAAAAGCGACAACCGCUACCAAACAACAGAUCUUACGCACUCAAGCGAGCACAAAAUCUGGAUAUCAGUCUCCAGAAAGACCCAACAAAACAAGAGCAUUUCAUGUCCUUCAUGAAAAAGAUAUUUGACAUCAACCAUGCAGAAAUCGCACCCCCUCUUAAAGAAAAAGAAGAGUGUUGGUAUCUACCCAUUUUCGGGGUGUACCACCCUAAAAAGCUGUCGCAAAUUAGAGCUGUGUUUGACUCCUCUGCCAAGUUUCAGAACAUUUCCCUUAACGACGUACUUCUUUCUGGUCCAGAUUUAAACAACGAACUUCUCGGUGUACUCUUGCGAUUCCGGAGAGAACCUGUAGCUGUAACAGCAGACAUUGAGUCUAUGUUUCACUGUUUUUUAGUUGACGAGAGACACAGGAACUUCCUCCGCUUUUUCUGGUACAAAGACAAUGACAUAAACAACCAGUUGAUAGAGUUCCGAAUGCGAGUUCACGUUUUCGGUAAUUCACCUUCACCAGCCGUUGCUGUGUAUUGCCUCCGGAAGGCUGCCUGUGCCAAUGAGGAUACCUUUGGACCUGAUGUGACAGACUUUGUAUGUCUAAACUUCUAUGUCGAUGACGGGUUGAUUUCUCUCCCAACUGCUGAUAAGGCAAUCGACUUGCUUGAACGAACACAAGCUGCCCCUAAGGCGGGUGGUAAUCUGCGUUUACAUAAGGUAGCAUCAAACGACAAGCAUGUUAUGGAUGCAUUUCCACCUGAGGACAGGGCAAAGGACUUCAGUGAUAUUGACUUAAGUGUUGAUGAACUUCCUACGUUAAGAAGCUUAGGAUUGAACUGGGAGCUGAAAUCUGACUCAUUCACAUACCGUUUAUCAGUGGGAGAAAGGCCUUUCAGUAAGCGAGGACUAUUGUCGACAAUUAACGGGAUAUUUGACCCCAUUGGAUUCGUUGUGCCAGUCGUAGUCUCUGGAAAAGUCUUGAUGAGAGAUUCAUUAAGAGGUUCACACAAUUGGGACGACCCCUUACCUCCUCAUCUAUUGGACAGAUGGUCUAAUUGGAAAGACUCCUUAAAACUCCUAGAAGAUGUGCAUAUCCCAAGAACAUAUGCACCAGUCUCUCUACAAGGGACCUUGUCCAUAGAGCUCCAUAUUUUCUCAGACGCCUCGGAAACAGCCAUAGCUUCAGUGGCGUACUUACGUACAGUCGAUGUGUCAAACAACGUUCAUGUGGGAUUCGUUUUGGGAAAGUGUAAGCUUGCACCAAUGAAAGGACAUUCUGUUCCACGUUUGGAACUCUGUGCGGCUGUGAUGUCGGUCCAGAUAUAUGAUAUCAUCAAUGAAGAACUUGACAUGAACGUUAACUCUGUUCGCUUUUAUACCGACAGUCUCGUUGUCCUGGGUUAUAUACAUAACCAAAGCAGACGAUUCUAUAAGUACGUAGAAAACCGAGUCGACCGAAUCAGAAAAUCAACAACACCUGACCAAUGGCAGUAUAUUUCAACUAAACAUAACCCAGCGUAUUCUGGUACGAGAAAUAUGACUGCUGAGGACAUUAUCAACGACAGGUGGAUCUUAGGACCUCCUCAACUCAGAGAACCGAUUGAAGACAAUCUCAAUACAGAAUAUCAUCUCUGUGAUCCUGAGAAUGACGUUGAAAUUCGCAAGACUAAAGACGUUGAAACUCUUAAAACAACUUUCAACGACAAAGGGGAUCAACUUGAGGCAUUUCGCAUAACUCAUAGGCUUGAGAGAUUCUCUACUUGGAAAGUAUUAGUGAGAUCCAUAGACAGAUUGAGAACACUAUCUAGGAGUUAUCACUCUCCAAAGGAUCUUGCAGCCUCAAACAACUUGUUUUCAUCGGAAGACCUCAUUAUACGCAUGGUCCAGCGACAGGUUUUCGCGCAGGAGAUUGUGUGCUUGCAAUCACAUAGGUCAUUGCCAAGGAGUAGUAGCCUCAUCUCUUUGAAUCCAGUUAUUGAUAAAAACGGUUUGUUACGUGUAGGAGGUAGAUUGAAGAGAGGAUACCUUAGUAUCAACGAGAGACAUCCACUUAUCAUUCCAAAGAAUCAUUACGCAGCUGUCCUACUAAUACGCCAUUUUCACGAAAUGGUAAAGCAUCAAGGGAGACAUUUCACAGCUGGGGCACUGCAAUCAGCAGGAUUCUGGAUUAUUGGAGCGAAGCGCUUAAUAUCCUCACUGCUACACAAGUGCGUAAAGUGCCGUCGACUACGUGGAAAAUACCAGAGUCAACUGAUGUCUGACUUACCAGCAGACCGAAUUCAACCCUGCCCUCCUUUCACUUAUAUUGGGUUAGAUACCUUUGGGCCAUGGACAAUUGCGACUCGCAAAACAAGAGGUGGAGUGUCGAACAGCAAGCGAUGGGCUGUACUUUUCACUUGCUUAUACACUAGAGCCAUUCAUAUAGAAGUGAUCGAAGAACUUUCAUCCUCUUCUUUCAUCAACUGCUUAAGAAGAUUUAUUUCUCUCAGAGGAAAUGUAAAAGAAAUCCGAUCUGAUCGUGGAUCUAAUUUCGUUGGAGCGAUUGAUGACCUAGACGUCAAUGCCAUAAGCGUUGAAGACAAGCCAGUUCAGGAAUUUCUAUCAGACCAGAAGUGA